AGCAAAACAAAAUCAAAACAUUAUGGAGUUGUUGUCGUCUGUGAAGCUGUUACAAACAGAGUUAUUAUAGGCUACUAAACAUCUGUUACUAAAAUCGAGUAUAUGCAAGCACCGCAAACGAUAAAGAAAAACUUACCAGCCGUUGAAGAAAAUAAACAUGCGGAAGUAGAUCUUUGCUAUGCUUGCUUACAAGAAAGAAGCUACGCUACCUUGUCAAAAUAGCUAACGUGCAGCCCUACUACUGUAUUUAUGGCACUUUGCAGUAAUAUUGAACAAUAACAUAGUAUACAGUACUCAUUUGCACGGCAGCUUAAUUACACGAAGAUGACGGAGAGAGAGAUGAUGACAGAGAGCCCGCUGUUGCUACCUCUCAAUAAGGAGAAAACGGUGUUUGAUGGGUUUAUCACGGUGCAGGAGAGGGAUUUCAGAAUAAGGAUAACACUUCCACUUGACCACCAACUGAAAAAGGCAAAACUGCAUUGCUGCUGGCAACUCCAAAGGCUAUUGAGUGGUUAUCAGCACAUUCUAAAACAGAGGCUGCAUCAUGCCCCAGACCUAGUGAGCUUUAUUGUGGAACUGAAAACCGUGUUGGAGUUGGCAAUGAAGAGCAGACCAGACUGUCAGACCAUGCCACCCCCACAGUACUAUUCCCAGCUGAUGGCAGAGAUGCAGGGCCUGGGAUGGGAUAAGUUGCUGUUCAUUGACCCAGACUUCCGCUCUCUGAAGCUUCAAGGAGAGGACUCAGCCGGCCGCAUCCACGUCCUCAUAGUCAAGCUGAAGCCCAAGUACCCAGAGGAAGCUCCUGAGUGCAUAGCUGACCUCCCCGUCCCAUUCGUCCUCACCUGGACACCACAGUGCACCUUGGCCCACAUACACAGCCGCUUCCUGCUCCACCUGGAGGGGCUGGCCGAGUUCUGGCUGGAGAUGGACCAGAUCGACCAGCAGACCUGGGUCCUGGAGCCAGAGAAACCCUCCCGGGCCGACACCGCCAGACGCAUCGCCAUCGGGAACAACGUCUCCAUAAAGCUGGAGCUCGACCCCAGACACCCUAAGAUGCUGCCUGAUUGCUGUCUGCUGGGAGCCGAACACGUGGUCACCCCCUUGAGGACCAAGCUUAACGCCAACAUGCAUUUGUGGAAUCCAGACUGCAGCAUUCUGCAGAACAUGAGAGACGUUCUAGAGAUAGAAUUCCCGUCACCAUCCACCCACGAAAAAUCUAGUCUGAGUACUGAGUGUGGCAUCUGUUACUCCUACCGGCUGGAGUCGGCCAUCCCAGACCAGGUGUGCAACGACCCUCGCUGUGGACAGCCAUUCCACCAGGCCUGCCUGUAUGAGUGGCUCAGGGGUUUACCCACCAGUCGUCAGAGCUUCAACAUCAUGUUUGGGGAGUGUCCAUACUGUAGCAAGCCGAUUACAGUGAAGAUGGCGUCACAUCCCUGAUGGAUCCUUCAUGGUCAGCAAUAUUUGGCUCAAAACAUGGCCAUUCCCCUUUCUACAACUCAACAGA